UUCGGUUUGUUUGCUUAACGUUGCAACUUCGUUUUUCCGUCUUUCGUUGGGAUUGCAAUUGCAUCAGCUUCCAUCUUUAUCAUUGGAGCAUUCGUCAAGCUGAGAUUACUUGUAUAUGCACUCAAAACACUUGGCCUGGCCAAAGGAUCUUCUUGGCAAUAAAUAUGCCUAUAUUAUAUCAGUUCCCCGUACCGUUGCCCCUCCUGAGAUAUUGCCAAAGCUCAAAUUCAGUGUCUCAACUGCAAAAUCUCUAUUCAUUCAGAAGCAGCAGUAUGGACAUUUGGCACCCCAGAAAAGCUUGGGCUAAGGGGUUUCAAGACGAACUUGGUCUGCUAACAGUAUGCAAGGUGUCAAGGAGACACCUUUUGGAGUUCAUAGGAUUCAAUACAACAGUGUUUUGUGUAUGUCCUGCUCUUGCGGCACAACAGCUAGAUGUCAUGGAGCCUGAAUUAAUUAGGACUCGGAAGCUUGACAGUGGUGUGAAAGUUCAAGACAUUGUUGAGGGGGAAGGGCAAGAAGCUCAUGAAGGAGAUAUUGUAGAAGUUAAUUAUGUUUGCCGCCGCUCAAAUGGAUACUAUGUUCAUAGCACUUUGGAUCCAUUCGGUAGAGAAAGCACGCCUGUGAUACUCACUCUGGACAGCAAACAGAUCAUACAGGGCUUGAAGGAAGUCUUAAUUGGCAUGAAGGUUGGAGGGAAGAGGAGAGCGUUGAUACCUCCUUCUGUUGGAUACAUAAAUGAAAACUUGAAACCAAUCCCUGAUGAGUUUGGCCCUCGACGUAGCCUUCUUUCUCAUGCAAAUGAGCCUCUGGUAUUUGAAGUGCAGCUCCUGAAGGUACUAUGAGUUCAUCUCAUGGUUUUAUAGUCAAAUUUCAAUUCCUGAUAAUUUCUUAUAAGGUACUGUUUGAUUUUGGCCUGAAGGCUAAUAUUGCAUAUUAGGAAAUGAAGCUUUUCUUUAAAUUUCAGUUUAUGAUGUAUAUUCUUUCUAGUUUGUGCUCAAACAUGUUUGUUUAUGUUUCUAGUUUAUUUCUCCUUAUAGUUAAUGGAAGUGGCAUUAGCUACGUUGGGUCA